UCCCGUUGCCUGUCGUCUGCUGUGAGAGGCAGCAGACGUCGCAUGUCUCACUUGGUGGCCAUGUUGCCGGGCAAUCAGCCGAGCCAGUCACUUCGAUCAUCGCAGGGCAGUGUCAUGUUUUACUAAUUCUAGUUUAGUUAGGUCCUCUGGAUGAAGAGGGAAGAGGUAGGGUAAACUGUUGGUGGUGUGUGUGGUUUUCAUUCCUGAGGACAAGAAACUGAGGAGGAUACUUAUCGUGAGGGAGGAUCUCCUGCUGGUUAGCAGGUUUCCAGUGGGUUUCUCAAUCACGACACUGGAGGAACACGCAAGUCAAUCAUAGAUCUCAUAAAACAUUCACCAGUGGAUUAUUAUUCAAUACGAUAUAAAACAUGAGAGAGAAUAUACAAGCGUCAUCUCAAGUUACCGGUUGUUUCCUGUGAUGUGCACGUGAGAGGCGGACUGUGCAGAGUGCUAAUGAACUUGGUCACACCUAGGACAAAAAACAUCCAUAAGUAGUUUAUUAUUCUAUACGAUAUAUUACGUGUGAGGGGAUUUAGAAGCGUUAUGUCAAGCAGCCAAUUGUUACCUGUAAUCAACAGGUGAGAGGCGUGUUGAACAGAGCGUUAAGGAACCGGGUCAAACCGAUGAGGAAAACACUCAGAAAUGGAUUUUUAUAAUUUGCUAUAUAUUCGUGGGGGAUAAUAGAUCGGUUGUCUGAAGUUACCUGUUGUUACCUGUAGAUACCUGUUGCACAGGUGAGAGGCGUGUUGUACAAAGUGUUAAUGAACCAGGUCACACCUUGGACGAAAACAUUCAGUUGUGGAUAUAUUUCUUUACGAUUUAUUACGUGAGACAUUGUAAAGAAGGGUUGUCUGAAGUUACCUGUUUUUACCUGUAGAUACCUGUUGCACAGGUGAGAGGCGUGUUGUACAGAGCGUUAAUGAACUUGGGCACACCUGUGACCGGUGAAGGUGUGUCCACUGUCUGGUCAUCUGGACGUGAUGGACAUACAAAACUGCACCUGCGUGUGACAAUCCCUUGCCUGACGGCACGAAAGACUGGGACCCGUCUUCAAAGACAAUCCUGAGCGUUACGUGUGACUGAUUAAGAUCAAUAUGCGCUGAACCGGCGGCGCGAAACAAUAACAGUUACUUGAAUCCCGUGUCGCCUCCCUCGUGUUGGACCAGGUACAAAUCACGUUACAUGUCUCAGGGUAACAAUCACAGCACGUGGACGAACGGUGCAGAGAAAUCGAGCCCUGAUUAAUAAUACCCGGACUUGAUUAAUCCUAUGUGUUAUUACGCCCGAUUUGUCCGUGAAACGCCGUUGUUGUGUAGAUUAGAUAUACGUAAUACAACAGCGAGCUGACCCAGUCAAACGGUUCGUCAUUGGAUACCGAACCCUUCAGGGAGAACAGACACCAAGCCAUGGCGACUCUACAAGACCGCGAGUUCACGUUACCUUUGAUUAAACGACAGGGAUCGGUCAAUAGAGUUUCUUUAAGCAGUUCCAAUUUAAAAUCCUUGGAUCUUGGAGGUAUAUCUUUUGAGGGUGGAGGUGAGAAGGGAAGCUAUGGCCACGCGUUAUAUGCUGGAGCUGGGGAGAUGGAAGAGAAGUUCAGUGAGUUCGGGGCGACGGAGUCAACAGCGUCUUACGAAGACGACACCGCGGAGGGUGGCCGACGACGAGCCGAGAGGGCUGCUGAGUUUGAGGUGGAGCACAACUGGAUGCUGAAAGAAGCUGAGGAAAGGCAGUAUAAGAAGUUUGACUCCUUAAAACGGAGAGUGGCUAUCUAUCUUCCAGAUGAGGACCCUAUCGAGAACAUAAACCACCGUCUGGCGGAGAUCCAAGCGAUGGUCAAGCCACGGGCUGAGAUGUCCAGCUUCAUCAAGGACUUGGAUCCUCAGCAGAUGGAAAGAAUACUGAAGGUGACAAAUACAGACGCGCAGAAGAUACGGGAGGAGAGACGCAAAGGAUGGCGGCCCCAGGAUCGCUUGGCCUAUGCCGUCAAUAUGGUGGGGCUGAUAGCACGGUCAGCCGUGCCCAGGAGGAGACAUUUUAACGAGAAUGACCCGGAAGUGUCCACUUCAGUUCUCAGACGAAUGCGACGGAAACAGGCCACUAAUGGCCAACCGAAAACAGCGUUCAAGUCUAGUCUCAGUUUUGACAUGCAGUUAGCUCUUACAACACAGCCCGAAUACAGGAGUAACUACCACCUGAAGAGGGUGUCGUGGGUGCUGCGCGCCACGAAGGCCUUCAAGCAUCUGUUCCCAUCGGAGAUGGAGAGGGAGCUAGCCCGAGUUGUCGCAUACGAAAGGUACGAUGACAAUCGCCAUCUCGCCUACCAGGGCCGGGCGCCGGAGAGAUUCUACUAUAUCCUCUCUGGAAGAAUCCAGCGACUUAGGGAGUACCGACUGACGUCAGGCUGUAUAAACAAAUCCAUGGGUUUCCUCAGCAAGGGAAUGACGUCAAACCCGGAGGAUGUGGAGGGCACCUUUCCCAGUGAGUUUCACCUGGUUGCCAAGGGACCCGUUGAGGUUUUGAUGUUACACAGAGAUGAUUUCAUCCGACUUCAGCACACAACCCAGAGCCCACCUAUAGACUUUCUAUGGUCACUGGACUUGUUUAAGGAGUUCCCCUGCGACCAGUUCCUGCACAACCAUGACGCCAUAGAGUUCACCUACUACGGUCAGAAUCGAGUAAUAGCAAAAGAUGCUCACAAUUCACCUUGGAUUUACGUUAUAAAAUCGGGGAACGUGAAAGUAGUUCGUGUUCAGUUCGUUGUGGACGUGCGGAAUGAUACUAUGUUCGCGUCACAGAACACAGAGGAACUAGGUUGCGGAAGGGCAUUUAGCCAUGCCUCUGAUAUGCUUGGACUACUGGCUAAACAGCGGAAACUGAAGGGUCAGAGUGACAUCAAUCUACCCGAGUUGAUGAAGCGGCGGAAGUUGAAUGGACGUCUAUCAGCUGGGUCACUGACUGACAGAUCGCACAACCGCAAGAAAUCAAAAUCAACCACUUUUAUAGAGAAAGAGGAUCCUGCUGCUGAACCUGAACACGUGACAACCAGCCCCACCUCAGCCUGCCCCAACCCCGGCUCUACCACUCCCUCCACCACCCCAGGGGGACAACGGUCUCCGGGGUCCUCACCCACAGACUCACCAGAAAAGAAAAGCAAAGACCAUUUCCAGCUUCCUCCAAUAGUUGUAACCCACCCCACCCCUAAACAGCCGGGGACAAAUCCCCGGGGUAGUGCCACCUUGGCUAAGUCCACUCCGAGGGGGGCAGAUCACAUGACCCCUCACGGUACGUUCCUCACCCGUGAGAAGACGGAGUUUGAUGCUGGCCUCUCCCCUGGAAGAAAGAAAGACCUGAUCCAGAGGAGGGCGUAUCUUCAGCUGGACACCCUCAGCCCGGGGGACGUGUUUGGUCUGGACGAUAUCGCUGUAAAGUUCAGAUAUCAACCCAAGGAUGAUGAGGGCCUAGAGAACCUUGACCCUCCCCCCUUGGCGUACAUGGAGGGGCCUGCCAUCAGUCUAGUGAGCGACGGAGCGGAAGUGGUGAAGAUCAGCAAGAGGUUCUUCCUUCAGUUCGCCCAGAACAACACCAUGUUGAGAGUGGAGACUAUGCAACGCGAGUACAUCACGACUGAUGAGGCUAAGGACGUGUUGUACAACAAGGAGACUUGGAGCCAAUACAAGAGCGUGUUGAUGGAGAGGUUGGUCGGAAGUGUGACCUCGCGGACAUAGUCAACACUUGGGUCGGGGUCACGGGGUCACGGGACACAGACAGGGACGAAGGCCGUCAGAUUGGGUGGAAGAUGUGACCGCCACUUAAUAACUUAAUACAUCCUAACUUGAGAUUGCCAAGGAUGGUGUGAGAGGUUCCAAGGAUUGCGACUUUAUACCAUUAGCUUCUGUUGCACGUUUGUCCAGGAUGUUGUAAGAACUACAAUGGAUGGUGAUUUUGUAACAUACGCUUCUCUUGUGAGUUUUUCGAGGAUGUUGUAAGGAUUACAAUGGAUGGGAACUAAAUAAGAUAAGCUUCUGCUGCACGUUUGUCAAGGAUGUUGUAAGAAUUACAAUGGAUGGGAACUUAAUAAGAUAAGCGCCUGUUGCACGUUUGUCAAUGAUGGUGUGAGAAUUGGCAAAUUGAGAAAAGGAUGGUGAUUUUGUGACACACACUUCUGUUGUGAGUUUGUCAAGGAUGACCUUAUGACACACGCUUCUGUUGUGAGUUUGUCAAGGAUGACCUUGUGACAUACGCUUCUGUUGUGAGUUUGUCAAGGAUGACCUUGUGACACACGCUUCUGUUGUGAGUUUUUCAAGGAUGAACUCAUGACAUACGCUUCUGUUGUGAGUUUGUCAAGGAUGAACUCAUGACAUACGCUUCUGUUGUGAGUUUGUCAAGGAUGACCUUAUGCCAUACGCUUCUGUUGUGAGUUUGUCAAGGAUGACCUUGUGACAUACGCUUCUGUUGUGAGUUUGUCAAGGAUGACCUUGUGACAUACGCUUCUGUUGUGAGUUUGUCAAGGAUGACCUUGUGACAUACGCUUCUGUUGUGAGUUUGUUAAGGAUGACCUUGUGACAUACGCUUCUGUUGUGAGUUUGUCAAGGAUGACCUCAUGACAUACGCUUCUGUUGUGAGUUUGUCAAGGAUGACCUUGUGACAUACGCUUCUGUUGUGAGUUUGUCAAGGAUGACCUCAUGACAUACGCUUCUGUUGUGAGUUUGUCAAGGAUGACCUUGUGACAUACGCUUCUGUUGUGAGUUUGUCAAGGAUGACCUUGUGACAUACGCUUCUGUUGUGAGUUUUUCAAGGAUGACCUUGUGACAUACGCUUCUGUUGUGAGUUUGUCAAGGAUGACCUCAUGACACACGCUUCUGUUGUAAGUUUAUCAGUUAUAUGAAAUUUACUACGAACGGUUACUUUGUAACAUACUUUCCCGCCUGGACAACUAAACAAAGUGCAAUGCCCCGGAUGCUUGCAGUAUUCCAUCUACUCCCGUACUGCAGGUGUAUAGCAAUGAACUCUCAUCCAUAUUCUCGUGUGGUAUUGGAAUUUACGUGAAUUCAAGAGAGAUCUCAAGACCACGGAGAGGCCACUUCACACUGGUGUAUGUUACCUGGCGCUCCUAGGUCUCAACAGCGUCUCUUGAACAAUGCUAGUUCUUCACUUCCGGUCCGCCAUUUUGGAAAGUGAGAUGUGUUGGGAAGAGAAGAUGGAAAUAUUCAGCAAAGGGACAUCUUAAAUGCAAUGUUCGAAAAGGUUGUAUUGAUCAAAUCUUGUAUCGCAUUUCUUUCGCAGCUACUGGUUGUCAGUAUAAACCACGCUUACCUAGUUUCCAAAACUAAAUUUGAACACUGCUUGCAACUUGAAACAUUACAAUACUAACUGUAAAUUAGCUACAGAGGCUCCUGCAUAUGUCAAACAAUGGAUUAGGUCGACUCAACACUUUCAACUGCAUUCUAUACAGGCAAGAUAUAACAUGGAGAAAGAAUGGUCCCGUUUUCAAUAGGAUUUGAUGGCCUUAAAUAGAGACGUCCUGUCCUUGUGCACUUCAACAUGACUGGACCUUCGUCGAAUACAUUCUGCUGCGUUGUACAGGCUUAUCCAAUCCGCUUAUAUUUAGUAUUAUUGGUGUGUUCCAUACACUUAAUCUGACCGAAUGACCCAAGUUCGUCAAAAUUAUUCCACCGUCGGAUUAUAUUUAUUGAUAUUGAUGUGUAUCUGUGAUACGUAUUCAGUAUCUGUGAUAACGCCACCACGAGCUGUCAUACCCAUAUCUGUGAUAGCCUUGUUACGAUCUGUCAGGACCGAGAUAUAUUUUGUACAUUGUGUAGAUACUAUUUUGAACUGUUUUUGACAAAUGUGUCGUUUUUUAUACUGAAUUAAAUCGCAUUAUGUCUUGA